AUGGGAAGAAGGCGCAAGCAUAACACAAUCCUGACCAACUGGGCCACGGACUCACUGUCCCUUACUCGGAGCGGGGCAGUUGCACGCAAGAAGGCCCGACUAACUGUGGGUGAUGCCCACGAGCAAUUGAUGAAAGCUACUCCACGGGUGGUUAUUGAUGGCCUUUCGGAGAUUCAAGAUGGUGGGGUUGCGCCGGGUGACUUCUUAGAUGAUUGGUAUGAUGAGCCGGGGAGAGAUGAGUUGAAUCUGGUGGACGAUGUAGGGCUUGAUUUCGAGCAGUUACGUAAAUUAAUUUCAAGACUAGCUCCAAAGCCGCGAAGGAAGGGCCACGAAUGGAGUACACGGAUGUCUAGGCUCCAUGCCCAGUGGAUGGAGCAACUCGACACUCUUACUAGCCUCUACCUACAAAUCAAGACUUCUAAUUCGUCCUGUGUACCCGUCCACUACCCAGAACCUCAACCAGGUAGCAACUGGAUUGAGAUACAAUGCAUUGAUAUCUUUGCACCAAACUUCAGUAUCCAAAACUACUCCCGACUGCUUGCUGACAUGCACAGGACCGUGUUCCAACCCCACUUGAGAACUCAAAUUUCACUCGCGUUUGAUGUUUAUUACUGCAUCCUAUCUCGACUACGUGCUAUGGUACAGCAGAAACUGGGACAUGACACGCCAGACCACCGCCUCAAGACCUCUUGCCCAGCAUGCCAUCAUAAAGUCGAGGAUGAGCCAGAGCUCCCAAUCCAGUUUAUCGUGACUGGCGAUGGGAACACCUCCCUUUCGCGACUUCGUCACCACUUUGAGGGGGAUUCUCGUAUCUUUUUCAGCGACUAUUACAUCUCUCGGGGAGAUGUUGAUCAGUUUGCCAGUGCUCGAAAGCGUUCACAACCAAGUGCUUCAAGCCAGCCGUUGUAUUCUACAAUCACGGGUGGCCCCUAUUCCACAGACGACAGAGGACCCACCCAUAUCGGAGGCCUGCCUAGCCUGGAGGAAUGCCCGACCAAUGCCGUCAAAGUCAAAGUCCGGAGCUUUGCAGGUUAUGGACGAAACAGGCAUGGGAUCAUGCAAUUUCUCCUUGACAUGGUGCAAAGUGGAGAGCUGGCAAAGUAUCCCUUGGCUUCCGCUGAGAAGCUUAUACGCACAUUCGGUAAGAAUAUAUUAUUCGCCUAUGACAUUGCGUGUACAUUCUCUGCGACCUUGUCGAAGUCGUCCAUUGGGGCCUUGGCUAGAGAUGCCAAUUUCAGGUGUUGUACCGGUUCCUUUCAUGGUGCUGCUCAUGACAGGUCAUGCCAGCUAGACUUCCUUAUUACCUUACAGAAUGGGGCAGGCAUAGAAGAUGGUGAAGGGAAUGAACGACGCAUACAUAUCCACUUCUCCAAAUGGGACGAAAUUAAAUAUGAAAAAUUAGGUGCAUCUCCGUUAUGUGAUUUCCUCUUGAACAACUUCAAAUCUGCUACGAAGAUUAUUAGCGAUGACACGACGGUUCUUGACCAGACACAAGUGUUGUUCCCAGACUUUGAUGCAGAUCACGACUGCCCACAGUGGCUAUCUGAAGAACGAGACUAUAUCUCCUCACUUCAAUUGGAGCCCACCGAUGAGAAAGUCAAGAUUGAAUAUUUGGAAGCUAUUGAGCAUCUGGAACGCGCUGAAGCAACCACGCGUUACUGGACGUUGCAAAUUGGAAUGCCAGCAGCGUUAUCAGCGCAAUUUGGGCAGCAUGUAGCACAAGCAAUCGAUACCCUUGAAACUGCUCGUUCAGCGGUAAUGGCAAUAGAGGCCCGAUCAUUGUUCAUCCUCCCUUGGACGUCCGAUUCCCCCCAGCGUCUCGAAGCGAUAGUUCUGCGUCAACAGCGAGACUAUCAUCACAUUCUUGAUGAGCUUGAGCAGCGAGCUAUUUCACGUCAGCUUGAGCUUGAGAAGAUUGGCUUGCCAAAAACAGACUAUAAAACUCGACAGCAUAUUUCCACAUUGGUCGCCAAGCGGGGGAAAUCACUGCAAUCAACACUCCAGAAAUAUAACACCUUGGCAGCCUCGUUGAAUCCCCCCAAACCAUCACUUACGUGGCAGGACGUUACGGACCUCCACUUCCUCUCCGAUAUCAUCCUGUUACGUGGCCGUGAGGACAUCCGGGACAAGCGAUGGUUUCAGCGUCAUUUUCGUGAUGCUACACGUGCAUGGUACAAACUUCAACGCGCUCGUGAGGAGGUCAAGAUUGUUGGGAUUGAAGCUCAUCGGAUAUGGGCUUCGGUGAUCGAGGAGGAAGCUCACCUGCGUCAAGUCAUUGAGACCACUCAGCACACCCACCCCGAGCUCGCCAAAUACAUUUCACUCAUGGCUGAGUGCCGACUCAACGCAAAUAGACAAUUGCGUAGAAAACUGAAGCUUCUGGAGAAGCAGGGUGGUGUCAGCACACCUCUUCCAGCGAUUCGCAGAGUGGGAAGUCCAGGUCCCAUAGAGGAUAUGAACCAGGCUAAUGUGUCAACCUCUGAAUUUACAGCGAACAAUAAUUCCUCCACAACUCAGACGGUGUCCGAUCCUAUCGCUGAACUGCAAGAAAAAGGAACGAAGAAACAAUGGGCAAAACUGGUGAAGAUUGACUUCGACGAUGUUGACGAUGGUGACGGCAAUGACAACGCAUCGGAAGACGAUGCCGGCAAUAGAACCGCGCCGAAGUGCUGGUGAAAAUGUAUUGUAAUUGAAAACUCAGUCACGGGCACCCCAGAGCUUCUGGGGCCCUUCGGGCCCCUCCGAAAUCUUAUUUU